UGUUAGAUAUGCACGGACCCCCGCACCUAGACCCUUGCUCAGCCAAUCACCAUUCAAAGCACCGGUGCCUCUCCACAUAACGUGCACAGCAUGAGCCAAUCACGCUAUUGGAUUGCCGGGCUCGGUUGAAUGUUGCAGCCGUGGCUGAUUUGGUUUGCGAACGUGGGCAGGACACACUGAAAAGGCCAUCCUUCCUUAGCAGACCUUAGCAAUUUCGCCAUCAACCCUAUCUCGUUCGUACCUAGAUUCGCACUCGACCAAUUCAUGACUGCUGUCCCGUCCAGCCCAUCGCAAUUGUUACCACUCGAUCGCCUCGCCCGCGCCUCUGCCAUCGCGUCCUUAACAGACAUGAACAAGAACUGGAACGACCGGGCCGACAAGGACCUCUUCUUUACCAUUCUCAAUGUAAAGAACAUUGGCGUCAUCAGCGGCUCGGAAUGGAUUACUAUCGGCAACACCAUGCGCGCCAUGGGCUACGGCUUUACCAACGAGGGAUGCCGACAACACUUCCAAGGCCUUCGCCGUGCCCAGCACAAGAGCGAAGGCGGCGUUGCAACCGCCUCCCCUGACCCCAACCGGAGGGUAGAUCCCACUCUUAACCCAAUCACAAGGAGGCCGGGACCUGGACGUGGUCGCCCCAAGAAGCAGCAAAACACGGCCCAGGGGCAGUCCCCCGCCAGCACGGCUUCGGUCUCCGAAACGGGAACCACCGGCCCCAGUGUUACCCCGAUCCCUCCCCCGGUUGUUCCUGGUGCUCCCGGUCAGAGCACCACCGCGAUCCCCGUCCCCGUUGUUCCCGGCAUGCCAGUUCCGCCCGGUGGUAUGCAUCCUGCUGCCAUGGCCCAGGUUCAUGCCCAGGCCCAGGCCCAGGCCCAAGCCCAAGCCCAAGCCUACGCACAGCAGCAGCAUGCUCAGGCUCAACUUCAGGCUCACGCGCAAGCCCAGGCUCAUAACCAAGCCCAGGCUCAGCAAGCCCGCGUCCAGCAAAAUGGUCGAGGCGGAAACCAGGCUGGCGGUCAAGGGCCGGCUAACCAGGGUGUCCAGGCUCAAUCUGGCGGACAGUCGGCUGAUGGAGAUGAUGUUGCCGUGGACCCUAGCCUCGAGGACGGCGACAACGACGAGCAGCAGCACCCCAACAAGCGACGCAAGAUGGAACAGGACCCUCUGGACGACGCGGCGGUGCUGAAUGCCUUGGCCGCCCACAACGACCCAGCAUCAACCGCCGCACACUUUGCGCCAGAGUGAGUUGAUCUUUACGUUGCCCCUCCUGUCUAACGCCUCACCUACCUAUGCCGUUGCGGCGCUAAGAUUUCCUUCAAGCUUCAACUACGAAGAGGCUUAAGGUCCCAACAACCUUGAUUGCGGGCAGGUAUGCGGUAAGGGAAGGUGGUUGAUGGGCGUUUCUGGUUGUGUUUAAUGGGAUUCUGUGUUUCGGCUAUAGGUGUCUGGUCCCGGUCCCCCCCUCCGAACGUGUCAGGAGGUGGCAGUUGGUGUGUGUUUUAGUUAUCGAGCAGGUAUCGAGUCCGUUUGCAACGUCGACGAUUAUAUUUCGCCCGCUCCCACUUGUCUUGCAGGAUGAUUACGAGCAUCACACUUGUAACGAGUAUGGCUUCUUCUAUGCGUUUCAGGGCCCGAGAUGUUCGUUUCGGUAUAAGUCACCCGUUUUGUUAUCUCUCGAUUCCUAUUCGUUGCCUG